UGAGAGGGGGGAGCUGAUGUACAGAAAAGAGUCAAAAGAUCAACCAAGCGAAAGGCCAUUUGCCGUAACAAACCAUUGACGGUAACGUUAAAACAAGAACGUUAAUAAGUUAUCGUUUUGAUGAUAUCAAUCCUGGACCCUCAAUUCCCACUGUGUAUCUUAAUUGUUGUUCAAUUAUAUCAAUUUUAAGUGUCGUUGUCUAAUCAGUUUUAUAAUUGUAAUUGAAAUAAUUUGUAAAUUGAAAGUGAUUAAGGAAACAACAAACGUUAUAUUUGAAUAUUUUGUGUUUCGAAAACGAUAAUACUUUGGAAAUGCCAAAAUUAAGUGUCAUGUCGUAUUAUUGUUUCGUUCAUUUGUUAAUUGUUAUAACGAUAAUUAAAUUAUCCUCGUGUUUUCCCAGUGGUGCUCCGGCUGAUGCUUGUGAAAAUUUAACACCUCGACACACAGGGACAACCCCGAUAACGGAAAAUUCACCUUACACCUUGAAAGCGAUCACUGGUAACUUUGAAUAUUCCUCAUCAACUGACCAGGGAAUCAAAGUUCGUAUCGAUGGUCCACCUUUCAGAGGCUUUUUCGUCAUCGCAGUUGACGCUAAGACUGGAGAGCGAGUUGGUAAAUGGGCUCAAUUAAAAGGAACCAACACAAUCGAUGCUUGUUCAGGUAUAACUCAUGGUGAUAAUAAGCGGAAAAAAUCAGCGACUCUCCUUUGGAUUCCCCCUGAAAAAGGUUCUGGUGGAAUUAGUUUCAUAGCUACUGUUGUUAAAUCAUUUUCUGAAUAUUAUACACCAAUUACAUCUGAAGCUGAUAAAAAAUGAAAUUCUUAAUUGUGAUCAAGUUAAAUUGGUUAAUUUUUCAACAAUUAAGAAAUAACAUUUUCCUGAUUUUUUUGUUACUCGUUCAUCUUUCAAUUGAUUAAUUACACUAUUAUAUUGACAGUACAUACUCACAAAGAAAUUAACUCUUAAUUGUAAUAAUUGUACCAUAAUAAUCAAAUUUUUAAUGUUAAUCUUUGAUUUAUAUAAUAAAUAUUGGCUCAAAAUCAUUUGCUAUUAAA